AUGAAGAGGGGACGGGUCGACGUCGGCGUGUCCAAGGAGCAGUACGAGGCGUCUCAAGCGGCGCCCGCCGCCGCCGACGGCGAGUCUGAAGGCUUCCCUGUCGCGGCGCCUAACGUGCUGAGGGCGCGCCGUAUCGUGUCGGCCACGCCGACCUCGCGCCCGCAGGAGGCGGCGCGGCAGCUCGCGGCGCUCAACCGCGCCUUCGUGGACAACAUUAAGGCGCAAUGGGCGCACAACAAGGCCGACAGCUGGGCGCAGAACAUGAAGGAGUACGUCAGCUACGCGCGCGAGAUCGACGCCAAGUUCGGCGCGCGCGGGGGCCACUUGCUGACCUUCGGCAGCGGCGACUGCGGCCAGUUGGGCCACGGCGUGGAGGGCGAGGACGAGGAUCUCAUGGUCAAGUUCCCACGCGUGGUGCGCCCGCUGCUCAAGCUCAAGCUCAAGAUCGCGCGCGUGGCCUGCGGCGGCCUCCACUCGGCUGUGAUCACCACGGCCGGAGAGGUCUAUACGUGGGGCUGCAGUGACGACGGCGCGCUGGGCCGCGACGGGGACGAGAACACCCCCAGCAAGGUGGACGGCUUCGGUCCGGAGCAGGCGACCGCCGUGCAGAUCGUGGGCGGAGACUGCCACACGGCCGUCGUGACGCUCGCAGGCAGGGUGUACAUGUGGGGCUGCUACCGUGACAAGGAGGGCAAGCAGUGGUGCGACGCGCCGUCGGCCAAGGCCGCGUUCAAGCAGAAGCAGACGCGCCCGUUCCUGAUCAAGGCGCUGGACAAUAUCGCCGAUGUGAAGUGUGGAAACGCCUUUAACCUUGCGCGCACAAAUGACGGCCGAGUGUACUCGUGGGGAUUGGGUGAAAUGGGCCAGCUGGGCCGUAAGGUGGACGCGGAGAUGAAGGACGCGGACGGAGAGUACAAGGUCGAGAUGGUGUACAAAGAGCACCUGCAGCCGAAGCUUGUGAUGCUCGGAAAGGACCAGCUUCCGGUGGUCAAGUCUAUUGGAUGCGGCUCGUACCACAGCAUGUUCGCGUUGAGCUCGAACGGAUACCUGUACACGUGCGGACUGAACAACUACGGACAGUUGGGUAUUGGCAGCACUGACAACUGCUCCGAGCUGCAGCUUGUGGAGGAUCUCAGCUUCAAGAACGUCGCGUUUGUGGAUGGAGGCGAGCAUCACUCCGUCGUCCUCACCAAUGACGGCGACGUAUACACGUUCGGUCGCGCCGACUCGGGCCAGCUCGGCAUGCUCGACACCUGCAGCACCGGCGACUUCAAGGACCGUCCGCAGAAGGUGACGAUCCCGAAGCCUAAGAACAGCGGCUCCAAUGUCGUGCGCAUGAUCGCUACGGGCUCCAACCACGCGCUGGCGCUCACCGAGAGCGACGCGAUUUUCUCGUGGGGAUACGGUGAUAUGCUGCAGCUUGGCCACGGAUUAGAUCAGGACGAGAACAAGCCUCGCCAACUGAACUGGUCGAACGCCACGUAUGGCAAGGAAGGCAAGAACAAGAAGUUUGGCGAGGCCGAGAUUCUUCAGAUUGAAGCUGGUGGUCAGCACAGCGCUGUGUUGGCAUGCGCCAAGGAAGAAAAGUAG